AACGCGCCUGGAAGGGGAGGAGGAAAAAAGAGACCAUAGACUUUUCACCUGGGCCUAGAAGGUCUCUUAAAGUAGUGGGGAGAGGAGGGCGGGCGGGGACCACCUUCAGAGCUGGCCGCGGGCGGUAUCAUGGCGACCCGGAACCCCCCUCCCCAAGAGUAUGAAAGCGAUGACGAGUCUUACGAAGUGUUGGAUUUAACUGAGUAUGCAAGAAGACACCAUUGGUGGAAUCGAGUGUUUGGCCACAGUUCCGGACCUAUGGUUGAAAAAUACUCGGUAGCCACCCAGAUUGUAAUGGGUGGAGUGACUGGCUGGUGUGCGGGAUUUUUGUUCCAGAAAGUUGGAAAGCUGGCAGCAACUGCAGUAGGUGGUGGCUUUCUUCUCCUUCAGAUUGCCAGUCACAGUGGCUAUGUGCAGAUUGACUGGAAGAGAGUUGAAAAAGAUGUAAAUAAAGCAAAAAGACAGAUUAAGAAACGAGCAAAUAAGGCAGCACCUGAAAUCAACAAUAUAAUUGAAGAAGCAACAGAAUUUAUCAAACAGAACAUUGUGAUAUCCAGUGGAUUUGUGGGAGGCUUUUUGCUAGGCCUUGCAUCUUAAGGAUAUGAAUGGUCUAUCACAGUGGAGUCACCUAUAAGAAGAGAAAUGGUGGCAACAAGGUGGUUUCUCGACAUCACUCACCUCCAGAUUCUCCAGGGCAGCAAGAAACAACUAGGUGGACAAUACCAAACUCACAGCUUAGUGUUUUGCCAUUGGAGUUUGGCAAACUAGUAUUUGCUGUAAGAACAACCUAUAUGGUAUGUGUACAAUAGUAUCCCUGAGCAAAACAUGCCUUUCAUUUAUUUUCUUAAAAUUUGCAUUUGUUUUCAAAUUAGCCUGUAAAAUACCACCAUUGGAUGUAGAUACAUAGAGAGAAAAAAUGUGUUGGCUGUAUUCUCCAGUGAAAUACUCUCCUUGUUUUAUUUAAAUAAGAUGUUCUUCAUUUUGCUUUAUAGCAUAGUGCCAGUAAUUAAAAACUUGUAUCAUAGCUUCAACAUUGCGGUUGGCUUUUUUUUUCCCCCCAAAGAUAUGUUUGCAAUAAACUGAAGAACUGUAAUGCCCUUUUGUGGAAGGAUUUAGACGUAAUAGAAUUAUUAAAGAUAUUAAACAGA